AUGAAUAGCGGUGAUGAUCUACUACGUCCUCAAGAAUUAGCCUCGUUUCAAGUUUCAGCCCUUUCUCAGUCGACAUGGCAGGCGUUACUCCCUUCUGCUGGUUCUUCGACUCACUUGCCAUACCGCUGUAGUAGCAUCAAAUCGCUAUUGAACCAAACGCCAUCAAUUCCGGAAACCACCCAAGUCAUCGAAGGAGUUGAGAAGGAUUCGAUCUUUCUCGAAGGUUAUGCGACUUGGACAGUCUCGCCGCCUAAUAAACGAUUGAAUCACAACUGCGACUUGCCUUCGAUCAAAAAGACGUCGCCGCGGAAGGUUUAUAUUGGAGAGUCUUGCCCAGCAGUUUGCAACUUAUCAAAUGUCUACUUGUCUGGAUGGCCAGGGCUUCAACAGCUGACAAAUUCGGCUGGUAAUUACCUCGCUAUGUUCGUGCUUGGCUGGUCAUAUAUUCUUUCUGUACGAUUGAUAGAACUCCGGCGAAGAACAACCGAAGACAGGGUUGUCUAUACCGACGAUAUGGCACAAUGGAAUCCGGCUCAUGAUGCAAAUUCUGGUGACUAUUUUGAGUUAGAUAUUGGGGGCGAUAGUGUCGCUGAGGUGAGAUGGUGGGCUGCAAUUCUCGCAGGUGGACGUGGCUGGCAGGCCACCCUUACUCGAGGAAGUGAAGCUUACUUCCCACCGUGGGAAUGCCAUUUGAAUAGUGAUGCUUUUAGGAGUUGCUUUCUUCUCUUCCCACGCUUGAACCCCCGUCUUCGGCAAUUGCACGAGAGUAUCUUCAUAACUUCGCCCGACGUCACGAUGCUUUCGAUCAACUUAUUUGUGCGCUGGCUGCUACCCUGA